AUGGCAACAAAAAUCCCUGUAACGAAGUACUUUCGACCAUUUGUGCCACCAUUACCGCCUGGCACAAAAAUUAGCAACGAUUUAUAUUGGGAUCUAUAUAUUUAUCGGCCACUUUGUCGCCUUUGGGAACGUGUGGGUGUGUAUUUGUACAAUCGAGUGAUUAAUCGCUUCGAAAUUGGCGUAAGAGAUAAAGCAUAUAAUGCUCGCAUUCAUGGUCCUUACUGUCCUUGGAGAUAUUAUGGAACUAAAAAAGAUACAAAAUUGAUGGAUGUGAAAUUAUGCGACCUACCAGCGUGGUUUUCACGUCGUGACAAAUCGAUUGGAGGUAUUGCAAACGCCGCUGUGAAAAGUUUUUACAGAUUCGAGCAUUACUAUUUCGAUCACUAUCUUAUUAAUUUGCCACGAUUCUUCUUGCGUUUCGUUCUUUUUGCUUAUCUGCUGGGAAUAAUACUUUUCUAUGAUGAGAUUCCAGCUUCUGUUGCGCAGUAUCACUGGUGA